AUGGGAAUAAGUUACAUAAGAGCUAAAAGCAAAUAUGGCCCUGCCCGAAGGAUUGUCCAACAAAAUGAAGGUUUUCCAGGCAGUAACGAGCUGCCCGUUUUCCUGAAAGGUGGGCCAGCGGAUAAGAUCUUAUUUGGCAUAACUGCUGGAUUGUGCGGCGUUGGUAUCAUAAGCUUUGUCCAUUUGGUCUACACAAUGGGAUUUGCCAAGAAGAAGGCUUAAAUUAAGUGUUAAAUAAAAGUUUCCUUAAUUAAAGAAAAUGCCAUAAGUUAAA